UUGGUCACGCUCGGGGCUCUGGGACAUAGGGCUGCUUCUCCUGCCAGAGGCCAGACAGCUGACUCCAGCAUCUCCAGCUCAGCACCAUGGCCAGGACCCUGAGUGACCAUCUGCUAUUCACCCUGGAGGAGCUGGUACCCUACGACCUUGAGAAGUUCAAGUUCAAGCUGCAGAACACCAGUCUGGAGAAGGAGCACUGCCGGAUCCCCAGGGGCCAGCUCCAGACAGCCAGGCCCGUAAAGGUGGCCACUCUGCUGGUCUCCUACUAUGGGGAGGAGUAUGCUGUGCGGCUGACGCUGCAGGUCCUGCGGGCCAUCAACCAGCGCCUCCUGGCAGAGGAGCUCCAGAGGGCGACCAGCCAGGAAUACCCAACACCAGAAAGGGGCACAGACAGUUCCACAGCAUCUUCUUCUGCUAGGGAGAAUAAGCUCAAGAGCCUGAAGAUAACAGACUGCCCCGACGGCGAUCAAGGCAGCGAUGCCGCCCCCAGCCUGGCCUCCAGCCAGCCUGAGGCUGGUCGGGGGCCCCUCAGGAAACCUCUGGGCAGGCGGAGGGACCCCAAGGUCCCCGAGGGCCUAGAGGCGCCAGGCAGGCCAUUGCUCCCCGGCGCGGCGCUGUCGUCCAGGAGAGCCUCAGGCCCAGGCAAGGGGUCAGGACUCCCUAAGGUGAGCACCAGUCUCCGCAGGAAUGCCAGUUCCGCAGGGAGGCUCCAAGGGCUCUGCAGUGGGACCCUGGGAAGGAGAGAGUCCAAGAAAUACGAAGUAUAUUUACCUUCAGGAAAGAAGCGACCCAAAAGUCUUGAAUUUACCAUUCCUUCAGAGGUGAGAGAACUUCCAACUCCAGAAACUCUUCAGACUCAAGAGGAAAUGAGCACUGCAAAUCCAGCCACCUCUCAGGGAGUGGCCACUGUGGAUGUGGGGGCUACUGCCACUCAGGAGAAAGGCUCCAGGAAUCCAGAACAUUCUGUGUGCCUGCAGGGGGGAACAUUAAGGAACACGCUUUCCGACACAUUGUUGGCUAGAGAAGAGAAAGCCACAGUACCCUGGGAGAAAAAUGGAACUGGGGGGCGGGAGACCCCUGAGACCAUGGGGAAGAUGGUGGGCAGUGUGCUCCAUGAGUCUUCAAAUCCAGAAGUCCCUGAGUCUUCAGGUGAGAAAGGACCCUGCAAUCUAGAAGACCUAGCUUCCUUAGGAAUGGUGGCUUGUAAAGGGAGCACACCAGGCAAGGCUUCCAGUCCUCUUUGCCACGACCCAGUUGGCAGUUGUGUGAAGGAUUCCUGCAGCUGCCCGGUUGCUUCUGGGGAACCCAAGGCCUCAGGCAGCCCCUCACCCAGCUGCACCCGGUGCCAGGCAAGGAAGAACUCCGGAAGCCUAAGCCCCCAGCCCCUGCCGCAGUGUAAGCGCCACAAACAGGUCCAGCUGCUCUUCUGCGAGGAUCACAGGGAGCCCAUCUGCCUCAUCUGCAGGCUGAGUCAGGAGCACCGAGGCCACCAGGUGCGCCCCAUCGAGGAGGUCGCACUGGAAUACAAGGAGCAUAUUCAGAAGCAGCUGGAGCAUCUGAAAGAGCUGAGAAAACACGGGGAGGAGCAGAGAUCCCAGGGAGAUCAGAAGACCGCGUACUUCCUGAAACAAACUGAAAUCCAGAAGCUGCGGGCGCGGAGCCAGGUGGAGCAGCUUUGCAAGUUUCUGGAGCAGCAAGAGAAGGUCUUUGUGGCCUGGCUGGAGGAGCUGGGCCAGACCAUUGGCCAGGUCAGGGAGACAUAUGGCACCCGUGUGUCCCAGGACAUCGCCCUGCUUGACACACUGAUUGGGGAGCUGGAGGCCAAGCAGUGCCAGUCGGAAUGGGAACUUCUGCAGGACAUCGGAGACACCUUGCACAGGGCCAAGACGGUGCCUGUCCCUGAGCUGUGGGCCACUCCUCCAGAGAUGAAAGAAAAAAUCCACCUGUUCUACAAGAAAUCAGAGUUUGUGGAGACGAGCAUGAGGUGUUUCUUGGAAACACUUCGUUCGGAAAUGGAAACGUUCAAGGUUCCAGAACUGAUUCGUGCUCAGGCUCAUGCUGUUAAUGUGAUUCUGGAUGCACAAACUGCCCACCCCAAACUCAUCUUCUCUGAUGAUCUGAAGAGCGUAAGGCUUGGAAACAAAUGGGAGUGGCUGCCUGAUGCCCCAGAAAGAUUCGAUAACUGCAUCAUUGCCCUGGGCUCUCCAGGCUUCCUUUCCGGCUGCCAUUAUUGGGAGGUGGAGGUCGGAGGCAAGACAGCGUGGGUCCUGGGAGUCUGCAAGUCAUCCAUGAGCAGAAAGGGGAGCAUAACUUUGACUCCAGAGAAUGGCUACUGGGUGGUGAUGAUGAUGAAGCGAAGUGAGUACCAGGCGUCCACUUGUCCUCCAACCCGCCUGCUAAUGAAUGAGCCCCCCAGGCGUGUGGGCAUCUUCCUGGACUACAAAGCUGGAGAAAUUUCCUUUUACAAUGUGACUGCCCGAUCCCACAUCUACACAUUCACCAGAGUCUCUUCCUCUAGGCCCCUUCAGCCUAUUUUCAGCCCUGGGAUGCCUGAUGGAGGGAAGAACACGGGUCCUCUUACCAUCUGUCCAGUGGAUGGCCAGGGGCCUCACUGAAUGCCCAAGACUGCAUCUCUCUUCCAGCUCCCUGCCUUGUACCUUGCAUUCACACACUCAACAAUCAUUAUGGAACACCCUCUGGGUGCCAGCUGCUAUAGGAAAUGUAACAAAUGACAAAAUGGUUACUGUGCCCAAGAGCUUACCCACUGAUGGCUAGGUACAAAAAUAUUGUUAAAUCAAGGGUGGAGACAACACAUGCUUUGAUGACAUACCGGGGAUUUCAGCAGAGGAAGUAUGUAGCUGUUGCAUAAUAAAUCACUGUAGGAAGUAGCACUCUCAGAUGCUCCUGAGGCAGAAGAUUCUGCCCAUUGGCAAGGAUGUGUCCCCUCAUCCUAUCUGCCUCUGUCUUGAGGACCCAGGAAGCCUGGAGAAAACACAAGCAGACUGGAUUUUUAUAGAAGUAUUUGUGUGCCUGGAUUAAUGAACUAUGAUUCCUAAGAAUAUUGACUGGGCUUCAUGAAUAAAUAAACCAAUUAGAAAAUUU